AGAUCAGGACGACUCUGAGGAUAAUGCUCACAGACUCUGAGAGGAGACAAGCCCUGAUCCAGGAGCUCAUCAAGUCCAACAACCAACUCAAAGAGGAGGUCCAGGAGCACAUGAGUCAAGCGGCUCACCAGUCUCAGAGGGCCUCUGAGCUCGAGGGGCUGCUGGACCAAGUGAAGACCAGAGUCCAGGACCUGGAGGACCGCUACCUUGGCAAGGCGGUCCAGCAGCACAGCCAGACGCAACAGAUCCAGCAGGAGAAACAGGAUGCACAGAGAAGGAAUCAGGCGUUAGAGCAGAAGCUGUCUAAGCAGAGGGAGGAAGCAGCUCAGCUUCAGAGGAAACUCUACUUCACCAUCAAAGAAGAAGAGCGACGGUUGGCUCGACACAGUCAGACAUACCAGCACAUCUGUAAGAAAGUCAGCCAGCAGAACUCUGCAGCAGACCAGCAGGUGCUGGAUGUGAUCGACUUCUACGAGACUAAAAUGACUCAGCUUCUAGACGAGCUCAGAUCUGUCAAAGGAGAAUCAGAUCAAACUAGAAGUAAAACAUCCAGCAAUGUUACUCCAGCUUUCAAAACCAUUCUAAAGGCCUAUCAGGAACAUCAGAAGGAAAGCAAAGCUCAAAUAGAAGAGCUAAAGCAGGAGCUGGACACAAGGCCAACACUUAAAGAAGUGAAGCUCUACAAACACAAACUCCGUCGUUUGGAGGGAUUAAACAAACACAAUAAUGCAAGAUUGCCGGAAGAUGGAAACAUCAGUGACCAAGCCAAAGAGGCCAUCAUGUGUUCACACUAUCAUCAUCUGUUGAAUGAGAUCAACUCCAUUCUGACCAAUCCCAACGCUCCGCUACGACUUCACAGACAGAAACCCUCAUCUGUUACUCUGGACUCAGCUGAGUUCCAGACUCUCCUCCCUACACUGGAAUCCUGGUCCCAGCAGCUCCACCUACUGAAGGACCUGCAGCACACUUUAAACAAACUGGGUGUCAGACUGAUGCCGUGGCAACAGUGGGAUGGUGGACGUGACUCUGUAGAAGCUGUGAAGGUGGAGGACAUGAUGUUACUAGUGGACACCAUGCUGGAAAACACCUCCACUGAUGAUGAGAAGGUGCUCAGAAGCCCCACCCGCUUCACCCUGAGCUCCAUGGUGUCCCACUUCCAGAAGCUGUUUGAUGUGACCUCCCUCAGCGGGGUCUACCCACGUAUGAACGAGGUCUACACCAGGCUGGGAGUGAUGACCAACACCAUGAGGAACCUCAGAGACGUUCUAGAUCUCGGUACCCUGCAGACACAAUCCAAAAUUCGCCUGUUUAUUCAGUUUCUGUAGAAUUAGGCAGGAAUGAAAUAAUAGAAUGGACCAAUAGCGAUGUUCAUGUGUGUGCUGGUCUGUCAGACAGCAGGGCUCCUCCUGGUGAAGUGGUGAACACGGUGGCCAGACUGGUGUCCUCCUCUGAAGACUCAACUGGGAUCCAGAAUCUGCUGGGAGACGCGGACAUUGACAGUAUCAUUGUCAAAGUGAAGCAGCAUGAGGAGUUCUUUC